AUUUUGAUCAAUUGAAUGCAUAUCCAGGUUUUUAUCUCCACUCUUCAGAUUGAUGUUGGCUUUGGAUUCCCCAGCAAAAGUUACCUGUCCCUUGUCUUUGCUAAUAGCCUCAGUCAUGUCCUGUUUCUCCUGUUGACUGCUCAUUUCUUGAGAUUGGGUGCAAAGCUCUACAUUCAAUUUCAGCAUGGCCUUGCAACUUGCAAUGUUUGCAAUAUUUUGCUAGGCCUAGUUCUGUUAGCAGUUGCCAUAUCCAGUGUCAAGGGUUUGCCAACUGCUGAUGCUAAAGAGAAAACUGCUUCCUUUGCAAAGAAAUUGGGAGGUAAUUCUGGGAAACUGAUCCAGGCUACGGCAAUGGAUGUUUCUUCAUCAGGCUUGAACCAAGGAUUCCAAAUGAGAGGCCUCAUCUGACAGUAUCUUGAUUGUACUUUGAUGUAGUAUGCAGGAGUAGAUAGUAUUUUAACAUAGUCCUCAAAUAAGGAUAGCCUAAUCAGUAUAUGUCUAUCUUUAAGUAAGCCAAUUGUAUUUUUACCCUUAAUUGAAUAUUGCUCUGGGAUAGCAGUUCUCAACUCCUUGAUGUCAAUAAUCUCAUAAGAGAAUUUACCUAUAACUGCAUGUUGUAACUCUUCUUGAAGUAUCAAUUGCUUUACCUCUGAUGAUUUCCACGAAACAUGUGGCUCCCCAUUGAUAUAUACGACAGGUUUUGGUGGUACUAUUUGUUUAAAAGUGUGUUCUGGUGGCUUAAAUAAAGCAACAUAGUUUGUGUUUGUAGGUAAAAUAGGCUUGGGAAACGUCUCACUGGUAUUUGUUGUGGUUUUAGGCAAAAUAGAAUUGGUACCAGAUUUUGUAGAAGAUGAAGGUAAGGUGGUGUUAAUAUGAUUGAAAACGGGAAUUGUUGUAUUUAGUGGCGGUGAUGUAAGUGGUGCAACCCCAGGAGGGGGCUGCCCACCGGCCGGACUGGCCAUUGGCGGCCGGUAUUAUAAAGUUUAAAGAUGAUU